CAGCGCUUCACAUUCAGUCAGCUUAGAUAACAUACUUACAUACACACUACCUUCCAAAGAUAUAUAUAUUCGAACCCCUUCAUUCCUGACUUUGGGUGUGACUGGGUGUUACAGAAAGCAGCUUUGUCAAGAAUCGUUUUUAUGUUACAUCGUUGGUGUUAUUCAACACUGAGUAUCAGCAGCAUCUUUAGUUGUUUAGAAUACUUAGAAAUUAUUAAUCCCAUGAUAUAUUUCAUCUUUUUUAUUACUAGAUUAGGAAAAUACGGGGGGAUGUCAGGCAAGUUCAAAGGCUGUGAAUGAACAGAACACCUAUGGCACCGCAUCGAGUCAUCAAUUCUUAGAAGCUUCCAAUCGAAGAAAUGGUGUACUCACAUUCAGUUGACUCAUUUUAGAGAAGAAUAGACAAUCACAGUAGCUUACUAGCAAAAAUCCAGAACAGGCCGUCAGCGUCCUUUCGUCGAUGUUAGAAUCUGAAUCACGAGACAAACUGUAUAUUGGAUGCAGAAACUAGAUAGCCUUGGGUAGCAGUAAAACAAAUCGACCUUAUAAGCCUUGUCAUGUCUCGCUAUCACAUCUGUUGGUCAUGGCACCUAAACUGGGUUAUUGGAAAAUCAGAGGCCUCGCACAACCAAUUAGACUUCUUUUGGAAUAUCUUGAAGAAACAUAUGAGGAACAUGCAUAUGAUCGCAAUGAAGUUGAUGCCUGGCGCAACGAUAAAUUUAAAUUAGGCCUGGAGUUCCCCAAUCUUCCUUAUUAUAUUGAUGGUGAUUUCAAAUUAACACAAUCUAUGGCUAUCAUACGUUAUAUAGCUGACAAACACAACAUGUUGGGAGCUUCUCCAGAAGAACGUGCAGAAAUUUCGAUGCUUGAAGGAGCGAUUUUGGAUAUUAAGACGAGUAUUUGGACAAUUGCAUGCAAUAAGGAAUAUCAAACCCUCAAAGUUGAUUUUCUCAAAGAACUUCGCGGGAAGCUGAAAAUGUUCGAAGAUCGUUUGUCCAACAAAAAGUAUUUGAACGGUAACUGUUUGUAUCUAUCUGGUCUAAAAAGCGAACUCCGAUAACCUUAUGUCUAUGAGUGAUCAUGUUUCAGCGUAACAAGAAACGUGGAUAUAUAUUUCAUAAAUCCCAGCCGUAAUUUUCCACCUCGAAUUCGGGAUUUAACAAAAGAUACAUUGUGAUCGUUCAUACCAGUAUAUGAAGCGAAUUGACAAAAUAAAAAAAACACUAUAUUAAGUUAUAAUAACUAGAGAAAUGCUUAAAAUGAAUACAAAGGAAAAGAAUAUGUGGUUUUAUGUCAGCAGACCAAUUUCAAGCUAAAUCAUAGAGAUUCUUCAACCUUCAAGUCAUUCUAACGUGAGAGCUUUGUAGAUGCUAACAGCAGAAAUGUUUAGUAAUACUUAACUCGUAAUUCACUGAGAUAAAUUGCUCACAUCACUGGGAUAGAGUGAUUUUUAGAUUGAAAGUCUAUGUUUAUAUUAAAGUAAUGUAAUAUUUAGCUUACGCUGACUAUUACAGUAGUUCUGUUUUCAAAUGAGAUAAAGAAAACGAGUAUAGUCACUUACUUUUUGAGUUCUUAUAAUCCAUUUAUCUCUACAGGUAACUCAUCCUGACUUUAUGUUAUACGACACUCUUGAUGUGGUUUUAUACAUGGACUCACAGUGCUUGAACGAGUUACCAAAAUUAGUUUGUUUCAAACAAUGUAUUGAAGAUUUACCACAAAUUAAGAACUACUUAAAUUCUAGCAGGUACAUAAAAUGGCCUCUGCUAGGUUGGAGUGCUACGUUUGGAAAUGGAGAUACUCCUUCAAAUUAGAAUAACAGUAAAUCUUCUGGUAAAUAAAAUUUAAAGACUGUUAUAUUUGUACUAAAUAAAAAAUAACAAUAAAAUUCCGAACUGCUCUUUUUUGUGUGGAAAUAUUACAGUGUGCGUAAAUGCUAUAGUACC